CCCCCACCAAGUGCCAUUGACCUGCUCCUCGGAGUUGCGCUCCUGCCGAAUUUGCGGCGGGAGGAGGGGUGGAUGGCGGGAUGUGGUCGGUGCCCGGAUGGAAGCUGCGAGGCAAGAAACGCCGUUGCCGCAGAAUGGAAAGAUGAAUGAUUUCUGCGGAUACUUGGAUACCUGGAUACAUGACUACUCGAACGACUCGAUUCAGUCGGCACACCGAGACGGACUUGGAUGGAAAUUUCUCUUUCAUCUCCGAUUCGUUAUUCAAAUAAGGGCCAUUCCGGUCCUCCACACGUCUCCCGCAACCUUUCUCCUGCACCGUCUGUUUAUUCCAUGGGAUCCAGAAUCACAAUUCCGCGGAUACCUCCAAAACAAACACCAUCGCCCAUCCACAUCCACCCGACCGCCCCAUCCCAGAAGUGUCUCGCGCGUCCUUCUAGAACCCCUCCCUGGCCGCCUACUACCGCCUGUCGUUGCAUACGCUGCAUAUCACGACUUCCCCUCGUACCACAACUGCAGAUACAGACCACUCUGUCUUAUAAGCCCUUUAUCUCCGAUUUUGGGGGUCUCGACACACAAGCCGACAUCCGCCUGCCGUGCGCCAGCGAUUAAUAAUUACCCCGUCUCACCUUUGAACCCGAGCGGACCGUACCUUUCCUUAUCGGCCCCUCGACCUAGUUUACGCAGAUUCCGAUUGUUAAUCACCCCUCCAAAGUCUAAAAAUCGACAGGCACGAAAAAAAAGUUGCUGAAGAAGACCUGGAAGCCAUCACCUUUACAUUGCGCAAUC